UAUGGGUCUCUGUGUAUCGCUAUGGGUCACCGUGUGUCCCCACGUGUCCCCGUGUGUCUCUAUGUGUCUCUAUGGGUCGCUAUGUGUCGCUAUGGGUCACCGCGUGUCCCCACGUGUCCCCUGUGUGUCUCUAUGUGUCCCUAUGGGUCGCUGUGGGUCUCUGUGUAUCGCUAUGGGUCCCCACGUGUCCCCACGUGUCCCCUGUGGCCGUCGGCUCGGUGGCGCCCCCAGGCGUCGCUGGACCAGCCGACGCAGACGGUGAUGAUGCACCGCACGGAGCCGACGGCGCAGCAGAACCUGGCGCUGCAGCUGGCCGAGAAGCUGGGGGCGCUGGUGGAGAACAACGAGCGCGUGCUGGACCACAAGCAGGGCUCCUUCGGGGGCUACUUCCGAGAUCAGAAGGACGGCUACCGGAAGGGGGACGGCGGUUACCUUCGCCGUGGGGCCUACAGACAACAGGAGCGGUCCUCCAACUACUGACCCACGGCUCUGCCCCACACAUCGUCCUGCCCCAUAGAUCAUCCCGCCCCAUAGAUGGCCCCACCCCAUAGCACAGCCCUGCCCCAUAGAUGGCGCUGCCCCAUAGGUGGUGGCUCUGCCCCAUAGCCCUGCCCCGUAGAUGACUCUGCCCCAUAGAUGACUCUGCCCCAUAGAUGGCAGCUCUGCCCCAUAGAUGGCGCUGCCCCGUAGCUCUGCCCCAUAGAUGGCGGCUCUGCCCCAUAGAUGGUGCUGCCUUACAAUAAAGUGGUGUUGGUUGAGA